AUGGCUUCUGAGCAAAUGCAUCGCAGAGGGAACAGCAAUAGGGUGAUAGAGAGAGAGGUUCACGUUGAGACACACAGAAAGGAGUCCAUUGCUGAUAAGGGGAGGGUAGAGAUAGAGAGUGAGAAGAAGGAGAAAGAGAGAGAGUUGGCUUCUGAUAGAGCCAGGUCUGGGAAUAUAGUUAAAGACAAAGAGGUUGAAGAAAGAAGAAGAGGGAGAGAAAGUGGUGGUGGUGUUCAGCAUGUGAGGAAGUUUGAAACAAAAGGUGAAGAGAAGAAGCGUUUAGGGGAAGAGGCUGAACUCGAGGGAAUAACAAGAGUGGUGGUGGAAAGAGAGUGCAACAAAGAGGAGAAACAAAGAAGCAUGCCAAGAGGGAAUGUAGAGGCACAGAAAGCAAGAUCAAUGGAGAGAACUAGAGAGGAAGCUAAAGGAAGAGAACAAACUGAAACCAAAGGCCAAAUCAUGAAGGGUGGUGGUGAGGAACAAGGAAGAAGAAGAGAAGAAAAUAAACAAUCCAACCUAGAAGAGAUCUCUAAGUACAGUGAAGCUCAACAGAAAACAAUGAAAGCAAUUGAAGGUGCUAAGGAGAGAUACGAGAGAGCACAACAAGAAGCAAGUAAAGCAUCCAAAGAGAGAAACGGUCAGGCAAAUGAGGGGGCUGAAGAAGGCAGAAGAGAAAGUGGUGGUGAUGUUCAUCAUGUGGCUAAGUUUGAAACAAAAGGUGAAGAGAAGAAGGAUUCGGUGGGAAAAGCAGAACUCGAGGGAAGAACAAGAGUGGUGGUGAGAAGAGACUGGAACAAAGAGGAGAAACAAAGAUGCAAACCAAGAUGGGAAGUAGAAGUAGAGAAAGCAAGACCAAUGGAAAAAACUGAAGAGGAAGCUAGAACAGAACAAGCUGGAACCAAAGGUCAAAUCAAGAAGGGUGGUGGUGAGGAACAAGGAAGAAGAAGAAGAGAAGAAACAUGA